AACUAAAGUCACACAAACCUGAGGGAAACCAAACACAUCCACACGCGACGAGGACUAAACACAUGUUGUCUCCAUGAAUUCCGCUCGCUGGCGCCGGAUUGUAUAACAAAGGUCUCAACUUCCAUGAAAGUUUCUAAACAUCCGACAAAAGUGCGCGAGAGGCGGCGGGUGGAGGAGGCGCGGGCCGCCUGGAAGUGUGCAAAACCCCGGGUGGGAGAGAAAGAACCGCGCCGGGGAGGUCACCGCAAACGUCGGGAUUCAGAGGAGGACGCUUGCUGCGCGAUGAGUGGAGGGAGACGGCGAGUGAGAUGGAGGCGGGGGGAAGGACCGUCUCUGCGGGGACUGGAGCCGCGAGCGGACGGCGCAGUGCUGGCGAUCGUUCAACCCUCCCCUCUUCUUCCUCCACAGCGACGCCGAGGCUCGCGCCGUAAAGCAGUGACUGUAGCCCCAGAACCACCGACGACCAGCGCUUCGGAGAACCCGCCUUCUUGUCCCUCGCUCAAGCGCUUUCCGAGUCGAGGGAAACGCACUCCCGCGACGCCCAGGCUCGAGUCGCGAGCCUCGUUUUCUCGCUUUUGCAGUUGCGCCAUUGGACCUUGUCACGAUUUGAGACACCACAAAUGAAUGGAGAAAUGAUGGAGGCAACAUCCCAAGAACAAGCGUGGGCGCAGGAUGACCUCUUACGGCUGCUGGACGCCAUGAAAGUGGCUCUUCCUCAGAAAGACGUGACCAAAUACAAAACGUCCGAGUCCCACCUGGACUGGCAGAAAGUGGCUUUCAACUCGUACACGGCGGAAAUGUGCAAGCGGAAGUGGCUGGAGGUGUCAAAAGAGAUCCGCAAGUUCAGGACUCUGACUGAACUGAUAUUUGACGCUCAGGACUACAUCAAGAACCCGUACAAGGGGAAGAAACUCAAGAAACACCCCGACUUCCCCAAAAAGCCCCUGACUCCAUACUUCCGCUUCUUCAUGGAGAAACGAGCCAAGUACGCCAAGCUGCACCCCGAGAUGAGCAACCUGGACCUGACCAAGAUCCUCUCCAAGAAGUACAGAGAGCUGCCAGACAAGAAAAAGAAAAAAUAUGUUGACGACUUCUUAAGAGACAAGGAAACGUUUGUGCAGAGCAUGAUGAAGUUCAGGGAAGAGCAUCCAGACCUCAUGGAGAGCAUCACCAAGAAGGGCUCCAACGUUCCAGAGAAGCCCAAGACGCCCCAGCAGCUUUGGUAUAACCAUGAAAAGAAGGCUUUCCUCAAAACCCACCCAGAUGCAACCACAAAGGACAUCAAAGACAGUUUGGGGAAACAGUGGACGCUGCUGUCAGACAAAAAGAGGCUGAAGUGGAUCUCAAAGUCUCUGGACCUGAAGAAGCAAUAUGAGGAGACCAUGAGAGAGUACAUCCAGCAGCACCCGGAGCUCAACAUGACCCAAGACGACAUUGUCAAGUCCACGCUCACCAAAGCAGAGCGACACCUGAAGGACAAGUCCGAUGGCCGGCCUGACAAGCCUCCCCCGAACGGCUACUCCAUGUUCUGCGCCGAGCUGAUGUCCAGCAUGAAGGACGUCCCCAGCACGGAGCGCAUGGUGAUGUGCAGCCAGCGGUGGAAGCUGCUGAAGCAGGUCGAGAAGGACGCCUAUCAGAAGCGCUGCGAACAGAGAAAGAAAGAGUACGAAAUAGAGAUGAACAGAUUCCUCAGCAGUUUGUCAGCGGAGGAGCAGCAGAGGGUGCUCGAUGAGGAGAAGCCAGGAUUCAAGAGAGGGGGCGGAGCCAACAGUCCUGCGGCAAAAAAGAAAAACUCAAAACCUGCAGUCAUUGCUGAGAAACCCAAAAGGCCCAUAUCAGCCAUGUUCAUCUUCUCUGAGGAGAAACGCCCCAAACUCCAGCAGGAGCGGCCCGAUCUCUCGGAGAGCGAGCUCACCAGACUCCUGGCCCGCAUGUGGAACGAGCUGCCGGACAAAAAGAAGGAGAAGUACAAGCGCCUGGAGAUGGUCCUGAAGGCCGAGUCGGAGAAGAAGGAGAAGGAGGACCGGACGCGCCUCCCUGACCCGCCCAAGACGGCCCAGGACAUCUGGCAGCAGAGUGUCAUCGGCGACUACCUGGCCAAGUUCAAGAACGACAGGCCGAAGGCACAGAAGGCCAUGGAGGUGACCUGGGCCACCAUGGAGAAGAAGGAGAAGAUCAUGUGGAUAAAAAAGGCAGCGGAGGACCAAAAGCGAUAUGAGAGAGACUUGUGUGAGAUGCGCUCGCCUCCUGCCACCAUUGCCUCUGCCAAGAAGAUGAAGUUCGAGGGUGAACCCAAGAGACCGCCAUCGAACGGCUACCAGAAGUUCUCUCAGGAGAUGCUGUCCAACGGAGAGCUCAAUCACCUGCCCAUGAAGGAGCGCAUGACGGAGAUCGGCAGCCGCUGGCAGAGGUUACCGCUGAAGGAGAAGGACCGCUACAAGAAGAUCGCAGAGGAGAAGCAACGGGAGUACAGGGUGCUGCUGACGCAGUGGCUGGCGAGUUUGUCCUCACAAGAGCGGAACACGUACAAGGAGUACAACUCACAGAAAAGAAGAAAUGUAGCCAAACCUGGAGGCCCCGUGGCGAAGGUCAAGAAAUCGGAUACGGAGGAGGAUGAAGAUGACGACGACGAUGACGAGGACGAGGAGGACGAGCGCGAGAAGGCUUCGUCAGAGGCGGACUCCUCCAGCGAUGACGACGAUGAUGAUGAUGACGACGACGAUGAUGACGACGAUAAUGAGGAGGACGAUGACGAGGAAGACGCGGACGAGAAGGAGAACCAAUCAGACGACAGCAGCAGCGAGUCCAACUCUGACAGCUCGUCCGACUCGGACUCGGACUGAAACGGAGUCCAGAAUAACUGAGCAUUGCUGAGCCUGGGAGAGUCCAGGGAGCUCCAGCCACUGUGCCAACCCUGCUCUCCUCCCACCACCACCACGCCCCCCUCCUCCAUUUCAGUUUGUAAAAAGCUUCGGACACGGUCCAGUUGGAAUCGUCCAGGUUCUGUGUUGUUUUAGCGGUCGUGGACGAAGAGUUGUGACGGCUUCUCCAGAGCCAAAGAUGACUUUAGGGAGGGAGGGAGAGGGGAGGGGAGGGGAGGGGAGGUGGGGCCGACGAAUUGCACUCUUCAGAAUGUUUCCUUUUUGUUUGAACGGAUCUAUCAGACGAUAUCAGUUCUUGUUCUCCUCAUAGCUUUCUUUCUCCUCGAGUUCUGGUCUUGGUUUUAUUCGUUGGUUCUUAAGUCGGUGGAAACGUUUCAGGAAAAAAAACAAGCCAUUUUGAAUGUUUUUCUGCUGGACUUUUUUUUUUUUUUUUUUUUUUA